CCUGUAAAUCGUUUUCUGGAAUUCUGGCAACACCGUUUUAAAAUUACCACGUGAAGUGAAAUUUGCGAAUUUCAUCACAUAAAGCAAGAUAAAUAAAUAAAUCGAGUAAAAAUCAUAGAGCAGCAAGUGCUUAGCAUUAGUGAGCAAACAGACGUUUUACAAGCAAACACAGUUAAACAAUAAUUUAAAGAAUAUAAAUAUCACAAAAUGGCGCUACGCGUGCAGUUUGAGAACAAUGACGAUAUUGGCGUCUUCAGCAAAUUAACAAACACAUAUUGUCUGGUGGCAAUUGGCGGCUCCGAGACUUUCUACAGUGUCUACGAGUCGGAGCUGGCCGAAACCAUUCCGGUUAUUCACGCCAACAUUGGUGGCUGUAGAAUCAUCGGUCGCCUCACAGUCGGCAACCGGAACGGCCUCCUGGUGCCACAUUCCACCACAGACGAGGAGUUGCAACAUUUGCGCAACAGUUUGCCCGACGCCGUCAAGAUUCAGCGCGUCGAGGAGCGUUUGUCAGCCCUUGGCAAUGUGAUUGCAUGCAAUGACUAUGUGGCCCUGGUGCAUCCCGAUUUGGAUAAGGAGACCGAAGAGAUUAUAGCGGAUGUGCUCAAGGUGGAAGUUUUUCGUCAGACAAUUGCCGAGAAUACGCUUAUCGGCUCCUACACGGUGCUGAGCAAUCAGGGAGGCAUGGUGCAUCCAAAGACCACCAUACAGGAUCAGGAUGAGCUGUCGUCGCUGCUCCAAGUGCCCCUCGUUGCCGGCACUGUGAAUCGGGGCAGUGAAGUUUUGGCUGCCGGCAUGGUUGUCAACGAUUGGAUAUCGUUUGUGGGCAUGAAUACAACCGCCACCGAGAUUUCCGUUAUCGAGAGCGUUUUCAAAUUGAAUCAGGCACAGCCGGCCACGGUGACAACAAAGCUGCGUGCAGCACUCAUCGAGGAAAUGUCCUAAGCAUUCAGACUUCAAUAUAUAUUUAAGAAACACAACAAAACACACAUACAUUUUGUUAUCUUUUGUAAAACUGUCAGUCGAAAUACAAGGAAACCACAAAUUCCAAACCCGUUCUAAAUGAUCACUCAAAAA